CAGACCCCUCCUACGCAUCUCUUUUCUUUUCUCUCUCCUCCUAUACUCCACCCCUCCACUUUUUCUGCCAUAAACGUCCGAACGCCACAUUGCUGCCACAGACCCUCCUUUCCUCUAAAACCAGAGCAACAGGAUUGAACCCCAAUACUCUCCAUCUACAGUUUAGCCCCCGUCUCCACUGGCAACCAGAUCACCUCCUUCCUCCCCACACGGCUCUCCACUCCACUUCGCAGUACUUCUGUCCUUCCUUCCUCUCUACUCUGCACCUCUCCCCUCUCUCUGCACUAAUCGUCCCACCCACCCCGCCUUGGCAUGGAGAAGGUGCAGCACAUCACGCGGGCGGCCAUUCGGCGGGCGUCCACCAUGGAGGUUCCCCAGCAGGCCAAGCAAAACAUGCAGGAGCUCUUCGUCAACUUCUGCCUCAUCCUCAUCUGCCUGCUGCUCAUCUACAUCAUUGUCUUGCUAAUGUGAGCGGGAGGGGCCACAGGUUUCCCUCUAGCCAAUGAGGGCAAAGCACUGUAAAGAGGGGCCAAUCGCGUUGAGGGGUGGGAUGGACGGGGCUAUUUAUUAUUUUAUAGAGGCUUUUGAGUAGUUGAGUUGUACACGGCAUGAUUUCGGUCGAAAAAAUUUGUUUGUAAAUAGCACGUUCAGAGUAACACAAGAAAGGCAAUACUGCAACUAGAGUCAGAUUAUUAAAAUGCAAAUAUAUAUUUAAUAAUGUCUCACACAAUUU